UUUGCAGCCAAACGUCAAAGCCAAAGGACUAGACUUCGAAAAACACAACCGGCUGUUGCUGCAGCCUGAUCUCACCUACAGUGCCGUCGGUGCAUCUCCGCUCGGCCGCACUCGGACUAAAACCGGUGACAUGUUCGCCUCUUUUUCCCAGUCAACGCGGUGACGGCUGAACUCGACACGUAAGUUGCCGGUGUCUUCGAUGAAGGAGCAUUUUGCUCAUUUUGCCAGCAUCACCGAAUUUGGCAACCGUCGGAUUGAGUUGACCCAUUUCACGCCUUGCCAGGCUGUGUUCCAGUGGGAGCCUCUGAUCCACUGCCUGACUGCUAAUCCAUCUCCCGGUUGAUAACUCAUGACCUCCGAUCUCUGUGUCCGGAUGUGUCGGUGAUAUGGGAGAGUGGUGGACAGGUGUGCCAACAGAGACAUCUAUAGGAAACUAUGAGAUCUCCAGCAUAGCAAAUGUGACAAUGUCACCCUCGAGACAGAACAACCUUGUGUCAAUGUACUCUUCUUUGCCCCUGUCCAAAAGCACCUACAGUGUGAUAAGUGCCUUUUGCACAGAGGAUAAUAUUCCUCAGUGCAUUUUAUACAUCAACCAGGAGCUUGCCUCACUGGGCCUGUCUUCCACAUGUAUCGAGGCCAGCUCCGCAGGGGCAGCCGGCCUGAGCACAGUGCCAGCUCUGAAUGCCAUGUAUGAGCUGCUGCAGAUUCACAGACGAAAUAUGUGCACUUUAGAGGAGCUGGAGAAAGAACAGCUGAAGAAGUCCAGCACCUUGGAGCACAUGCAAACGAGCAAUUCCAGACUCAAGGAUCAGUUGGAACUGUCCAUAAGGGAGAAGUCAGGUCUACAUGAGACGGAGAGACAGCUACAACUCAAAAUCAAGACUUUGCAGAGCUGCUUGAAAACUGAAAAAGAUGAGGUUCAGAAGCUCCAAAGUAUCAUUGCCAGCCGUGCCUCUCAGUACAGUCACGAUGCCAAGAGAAAAGAGAGAGAAGCUGCAAAGCUCAAGGAACGCCUCAGCCAUUUACUGGUCGACAGAAAGGAUAAGAAACUAGCUAUUGAUGUACUGAACUGUUUGGGACGGUCAGAUGGAAAAAGGAGCCACUGGAAGACUGCAAAAGCGACAGCCAGCCACGAGGGUGAGAUGUACAAGUCCUUGCUCAGUGACUACGAGGCAAGUCAGAGGUCCUUGAUGCUAGAGAAUGCUGAGCUUAAGAAAGUCCUCCAGCAGAUGAAGAAGGAGAUGAUACAUAUCCUGAGUCCACGCCAGUCUGCUUCUAGAGGAGCCACUGCUGAUGACAGCCAGGAGCAGGUAUUACAUGCUAAUUCAGAUGGGGAGGACAAGGCGGGGGACUGUAGCAGGGAAACACUGGACCAAUCCUGUGAGCAUGCUAGGGAGCAGCUCACCAACAGCAUCCGCCAGCAGUGGCGGAAACUGAGGAGCCACAUGGAGAAGUUAGAUAGCCAAGCAUCUCAAGUGCAAAAUCAGCUGGAGUCCAAUAAAGAAGUGAUACCAAGGGAGACCCACGAGGAUGAGAUGGAAAGGAUGAGGUGUGAAGUCCAGCAGUGCAAAGAGUUCAUUCAUGCACAACAACAACUCCUCCAGCAACAACUCAACACAUCAUUUGACGAUGAGACUGCAGCUCUUCUUAAUGACUGCUACACACUGGAGGAGAAAGAGCGUCUCAAAGAAGAAUGGAGACUAUUUGAGGAACAGAAGAGAAACUUUGAGAGGGAGAGAAAGAACUUCACAGAGGCCGCUAUACGCCUGGGGCGAGAGAAAAAGGCUUUUGAGGAGGACCGUGCUUCUUGGCUCAAGAAUCAGUUUUUGAACAUGACUCCCUUUACAGACCGUAGAAGAUGUUCCUCAUCUGAUGGUCAAAGUGCCUUAUCGAUCAGAAGUGAGCCAGAGAUGAGAAUGUCUUCCACGAAAGCUGAACUGACCAAAUCAUCAGCCUACGCUACAUUCUCCACUCCUAAACCAACAAAAAGUGCUGCUGUGCCAUCCACAACCGAACUUUACCGGACACUCCGCCUAAUACCAGACUGCAGUUCCUCCAGAUAUUCAAAUCGUGGACGCUGGCAAGAGUCCAGCACAAUCGAAGAUGGAGAUACUCAUGCAAAGUCAAAAAACAGAGUUCGAUGUGGAGACCUGAGUAUCUUCUCUCUGGGUGAAGAUGAGAACAGCCUCACUUAAGGAACCACCGGUGCCUUUUUUUAAAAAUAAAAAAAAAAUAAAAAAGUGAGUCCACAGUGGUUUUAAGCAUCAGUCCAGUCAAUUCCAUCAUCAUGUAUGAAAACUUAAUUUUUUGCAACAUUGUUUUUCUGUGUUGCUUUGUUAUGGACAUGCAUUUACUGUUAAUUCACCAAAGCUGAUCAAACAAAAAAGCACUUUAAUUAAUCUGCCAUUGUUCAUUUCUUUUCUUUACAAACAACUCAACACCGACAAUUCAGAUUUUAAGAUAUAUUCAGGGGGAGGGUAUCUACUAAGUAGAGAUUUGAACAUUUAGAAUUAGUAAUCUCUUCUACAUAUUGAUUAUAUGGAAUGCUUAAAUUUUGGUUUAAAAUUAUAUUUAAUGUUUACAUAUUGUAGAUGUAUAAAUUAUGAGUUUUAAUUGAAGCAUAUAUUGACAUUAGAAUGGUAAUGAUCUGCCCUGCUGCUGUAACUGUACAAUA